AUGGUGAAUUUAGGAGCCAAAAAGUUUGAAAUUUUUAAGGGGUCGUUUGAUUUAAACUUACCGGGUCCGACAAAAGUUGCUCCCCUCCAUUGCCAACACCUACUGAUCGCCUCCUCCAUCGCGAUUUCAUCUCCUCCCCCGUCUUCUCCGGCGACGACGCACGCACGCCGGCGACUCCUCUGCACCGGCGAUGAGCAGAUAAAAGAAUUAGGUGGCCUAAAAGCAAGCUCAUGGGCUGUGGUCGCGGAGAAAUUGAAAACAGGUCAUAAUUUUGUUGUCGAGAAAAAACAAAUGAAAAACCGAUACAACUAUUUAAAAGCAAAAUAUGCAGUGUGGUUAAAACUUAAAAACAAAAUAGGAAAUAUUUAUGAUCCUGUAACGAAUUCUUUUACCAUGACUAAUGAAGAAUGGGAAGCGGAAGCGAAGGUUAACAACUAUAUAGAUAAGCUGAGAAAUGCACCCCUCUUUUGCCCUGAACUUUGUACCCAACUAUUUGAAGGGGCGACCUCGACUGGUGUUCACAGUUGGGGGCCAUCUUCGACACUACCUCAUCCCAAUGAAACCUUCAGUACACAUGAUUUUCAGGAUACAGAGAUGGAAGAGCCAACACCUCAUACAGAUAUCCCAAGCUCAACAGUACCUCAACCUACUAGUGAGGAAUCAUCUGGGCGGACAAAAAACAAGGGGGGCAAACGAAAUGGUCCUAAAGAAACCACACUUAUCCUUUUCCAGUGCAAAGAGACAUAG